GUAUGGAUCAGGAAAACGAACGCAUGAAUACCGAAGAGGGUAUUAUUGAAGUGGGUUUGGCCUCAACUUUCGGCAGUAUUCUUCUUCAGUCGUCGCCACAGAUAUUCAAUAGCGCUUUGGAUAAACUCUAUUCGUUUGUCUCGAGCCAUAUAUUUGAGACUAAAGUCGCCGGAAAAUUCUCGGCAAUUCUUGUCCGUUCGUGUUCUAAGGCAAACGCUGAGUUAUCGUUGAAGAAAUUUUUGCCCCAUUUCUGCAAAUUAGUUCUCACUCUAACGGAGAGCGACGACAUCCUAAGCGAGGAGUUUUUAGACCACGAACUCCUGUUUAGUUUGCAGAUAAUCUCGGAAUUGGUUCGUUGCGAUGGCAAGCAUUUGGUCCAGUAUUCGGAUCUAUUGAUUCGUGUGAUCGAUCGCACACUGCAUUUAAAGUGCCGAAAGGGUUAUCUUCUCGCGAGUGCUAUUCUUCGACAUGUACUCAAAUCGUUGACACUGUUGUGUGCGCUCGACUUCAGAAGUUUUACUAAAACGUGGGACUUGUACCAGAACUUUGAGACCGAUCUACCCAUUAGAGACUGGGGCUGUACUGUAGAUAUCCAUCAUCUGAACACACAGUGGCACGAGUCCAGCGACGCUGAGCUGACGUUUGCUCAGCAACUGCUCGAACGCUUCUUAGGCACCGAAUUGAAUGCUUUACACAAUUGGAUCAAAGGUGAGGAGAGGUUGUCGCGCGAAGAAUUACAGCGAAGUCUGUUGGUUGUUCUCGAUUGUGUGACGGGUGCCGCCUCUGCGCUGCCCCUCUGGAGUGGCGAUAAUAUUGUUCUCUACGAGUCGUUAGUGUCAAACACUACAUCUAUUGUACACACUGUGGGCUCUAAUAUCGUUAAUUUUUCCAACGGAUCCAAUAUCCGAGAGACUGUAUUGAAGACAUUGCGCUCCACUUUAGUCCAUAUACUGCAGACGUGCGAAGACGAUACCAAAUCUUUAUGUCGUCUCAUAAAGAUUUAUAACAAUACGAUGUUCUUCUGGGGCGUCACUAAACACGACUUCGACACGCGUUGGAAGGGCUUUCAUGUGGUGAAGAAAUCACUGGAGAAUAAGUUAACUAAAAAGAAACAACACAUCCGAGCGCUGAUGAUUGACCGACUCGUCCUCCAGCACGAGAUGCGAUUAAUGAACAAAUCGUUAACAAAAUUCACGGAAUUGCACAAAGAAUUGAUGACAGAUUUGAUGCAAUUGGCGACCAGUCAUUACAGCGAAGUCCGGUGCCAAUCGCAAGAGACACUGUUCAACUGUUUCCGGUCGUUCCCCUAUUCCUAUCGCCUGUGUUUACCCGAUUUGCUCUCAAAUCUGCGUAAAGACGGCGACGCAAAUCACGAACAAUUUAAAGGCUCACUGUUUGUGAUACUCGGCCGUCGCGGGAGUUCACUGUUGACAUCACACGACUGGUCGACGCUCAACACCUUAUGGCCAGCGCUGGUCGACGCCAAGCAUUCAGAAAAGCCGAGUAUUAUUCGCUUAUUAGACUUAGAUAUCACGGGAUAUGUUCGCAAAUUUUUCGAUACUUUGGCCUUACGUGUGGAUAUUCCCGACUCCUGUACGGCCAUCGCUCGUCAGGUGUGGACAGUGAACACAAGUUUGCCGAAACCGGCCUUUAAAUGUCCGACCGAUGAGGAGAUACAAAACGCUUUAACUAUUGCUCAAAAGCGAAACCAAACAAAUGUUGAUUUGUAUAAUAAUUUGGUAGAAAAGUUGGUUUCUCUAAUGAAUGGAUCGAAUGGAGUGCCCGAUCUUCACUGGAGAUAUUAUCAGUUGUCAAAUGUGAUGCUAAGUAUGUUAAUCAGACACGACAUACCAGUGGCCACGAGUGCCGUCAGUCUCUUCACUAAGAAUCUGAAUCACGACACGCUUUACAUCCGAAAGAUAUCAAUCGCUUCUUUUGGUGCUAUUCUUAAACAACAGAAGCGAAAGCAUCAGAAGAAGGAAUUGAAGCCAUUCCCUGAGGACAACCAAUGGCUUCAAACCGAUAUCUCCAAUAAGUUGGACACCGAAGAGGAGUUCCAAUCAAUGAAUUUCGUUGACAAACCGCACAUUGGCUUCUAUUGCUUUCCAAAGCCAGUACUGGUUUACGAUAAAAGUCAAUCUAUUAAUGAGUCUAAGACUCUGACCGACAGUGAAAUAAUUGUUCGCCAAAAGUUCGCAGACAAAGACUUUUUGUAUCAAUUGUUAAGCUAUUUGUCUCUCGAAGAGAAUAAAGGAAAGGAUAAGUUCUCAUCCAAACGGUUCCAACUAUGGAAAGGACUGUUCCGUAAUUUCGGUGCAUUUAAUUUGGAUCUAUUGAUGCCGAAGAUCACAGAAGCCGUGAACGGCGCACAAGAGAGCGCCCAUCGGUGCGCGUCAGAGAUAAUCGCCGGUCUUAUGCGCGGUUCGAAGCACUGGUCGUACAACGAUUGGUCUAAAUUGCGGUCACAUUUAGAGCCAAUCUUUCGACAAGUGUUCAACAAUAUAACGACCGAAACUCUGGCCGAUUGGGGCACUUGUAGUGCCACCAUAUUUGAGAAUCGAGACGCCCGACGCUUGACAUGGAUUUUGAACAUCUUUUUGGACGACCCGUUAAAAGCGGGCGCAGAGACGCUGUCGUCGUUCCUUCAGGCGAGUCGUCUAUAUCUACUUCACGGCGCUGUCCAACAACAGGAAUGGCGUUCACAACUUGUAUUACAGCGAUUGUUAGCCUAUUUAGAGGACAAUCAUUUGACACAUUCGUAUCAAAACGUUAGGGAACGCAUCGGAAGUAUAUUAUGUAAUAUAUUCAUGUUUGAUGUCGGCAUACCAUCGCUGCCGAAGACAUUUGAUUUGGCACCAAAGAGGGCGCCAUUUAUUGAUAAGAUCAUACCUCGACUUCAGAUUCUGUACAAUCAAGUGUCGGACAAUCAGAAGGACGAGAGUCACAAGAAUGACGCGAAUUCUUUGAAUGGAUUUACGCCACAAUCGCCCGAACGUAAAGACGCGGCCAAUCUGUUGAAGACUAUCUGCAAAUGGAUUGUCGGAAACGUACCGCGAGUUGCUUACAGCGCACCCCCAGAACUGUUCAAAUUUUUGCCAAUUUUAUGUUUAAUGCAAAGCGAGACCAGUGAUGAAGAGUUGAUCCGCGAAUCAUUUUUCGCGAUAAUUAUGUUAAGUCACGCAAUGCUCACUCCGGAGAGUAUAGACACUGCUAUCGAAACCGCUAAACAGGUUACGGUGACGGCCAACUGGCACGCGAGGUCUGCCAUCGCAACGUUCCUUCAGUAUAUGGUGUCAUCGAAUCUAUUUGUUCUGAUGGCCAACGAGUCGUGGGUUAAAGACAUAACUCAACUCAUUCUGGAUCUGUUGAGUGAUGAGCGGAACGAAGUGCGUGAGUCCACAGCCGAGACGCUGAGUGGACUCAUGCACUGCGAGUUUGUGAAGAUUGACCGCAAACUCAUUAAACACUUUGAGACGAAAUCCAAUCACAAACUGAAGAAAAUAUUGCAACCGAACGGCACGACAAUCACUGAUCCCAAAGAUCUGACUCUUAGACACGGAGGCAUUCUUGGUCUCUGCGCCUGCAUUAACGCCUUCCCGUACGACGUGCCAGACUUUAUGCCCGAAAUACUGGUGUUUUUGUCUUACCAUUUGAAUGAUCCGCAGCCCAUAACAACUGCAAUUAAGAAGACAUUGUCUAACUUCCGGCGCACACACAACGACUGUUGGAGAGACCAUAAGCUCCGGUUCACUGACGACCAGUUGGCCGUCAUUACCGAUCUGUUGGUUUCGCCCAACUAUUAUGCAUAGAGAGACAGUGACAGACACAGAGAGCGAACGGCGCCUCAAAAAAAGUUACCGUUAAAUCAGAAAAUAUAUAUUUAAAUCGAUUUUCUUAAAAGAAUAUAUCAUUUAUAAUUUAAUAAUAUUAAAAGUGAUGACAAUUUUAUUAUUAUCUAUAUCUCUCUAUCCCUAUCUAUACCUCUAUCUCUAUUCUGUUUGUCGAUAAGAGUUAUGACCACAUAUUUGUGUGGUUUUAAAUGAAAUAAAUAUUUUAUCAAAUUUACAAUAAAUAAAUCCAAAAUUGAGUUUUUUGACUGAC